AUGAACAUACGUUCAAACGUUUGCAAGGAUUUGGAGGCUGCAAAUUCAUUACCUUUGAGGAUAAGAACUGGCAUUCCGAGUGCUUCAACUGCAACAAAUGCAACACUAGUCUGGUUGGUCGCGGAUUCCUGGUCGAAGACGGAGCCGUUGUCUGUCCCGAUUGUAGCGCAUAAAUACACUAUGCAGUCUCAAGAUCCUCUUCUUUUCUUCCCCUCCUCUUCACUAUGCCUUCUUUUGCUUCUCUUUCCAGUCGCGUUGCAUUGCCACACCGCUCAUUUGCUUCAAGAAUUCUUAUCAUUUAUUGCCCUAGUUCUAAUCAAAUUUGUCGCCACUUUUUCUGUCAAGGUUGCUGCUUUCGUCCAUGACCGUUCCUCAUUGGCCCUCCCUUCCCCACCCCCACCCCCCACUUUGUCUCCAGCAGCUUAA